UUCAAAAUUCCAAAUCCAGCAUUUUCCAGUCAAUUCUUUACAUUUGGAUCUUCAGUCAAGUGUCAUUUUAACACUUUUUUCGGAAGUGUACAGCAGUGGCUUGGAAGUAAAACAGACGUCUGUUCGGCAGAUUGCCAAGAAGUAUCCACCACAAGUGCCAAUCUUUUGUUAUCCUGUGCCCAUCCUACUGAGGAAAGCGUAUACAGAAAAAUGGAUUCACAAAAUAUUCGAGAGAACAGUGGUCGUCCAUUUCUAGUUAAUGAUACUGAUGGUUAUCAUGACGUUAUUUUGAAUGAGAAAACUAUAAUCCGAGUUUUAAAACGCUACACGGACUUUUAUCUAAUUGGCUCAGGAGCACAAGGAGUUGUCAUGUCGGCUCUCGAUGUGGUUACCAAUGAACGUGUGGCGAUAAAAAAGCUGACCCGGCCUUUUUCUAAUCCAACGCAUGCAAAACGAGGUUAUUUAGGAUGUAUUAUUAAAUCAAUUAAUUCUUAGCUUACCGCGAAUUUGAA